CCGAACACAUUCUGUACAAAUGUUUGAUUCCAAAAAAUUCCUCGGAGAUUUUACUACAGAUAUCUUCACUUCAUUUGCCUCUGAUAUUCUUUUAAACACCAGAUCACCAGCCCCAUAAAGUGAAGUGGUGCAGUUUGUUUACAUGUAAAAAUGGCAACUCUCGAUCUCGACAUGAAUUGAUAUACUUCAUUUCCGAGGUCGGAUAGCAUGUCUGAGGCAAGUAAAGUGACGAUAUCAGUAGUAAAUUGACUGAAAAUUUUAAUGGUACGAACUGUUUUCCCAGAAUUUGUGUGAGAAUAAGGUUAAUCAGUCCAAAACUAGCGCUGUAAAUUGCAGUUUUUUACUAUCGGAGGCAGUCUGUAGCUCCCAGGUCGUCCAUCCAUUUUUCAGACCGGGAGCUUCAGACUUACAGGUAGGGGAGCCCUGGUAUCAUUAAUCUAAUUUUACAAAUUGUCUUCCUAUUACAUAUUGAAGAGACAUUUUUAAACAAGUAUACAUAUAAACACUCACACUAAAAUACAUCCAUUCAAUACAUGUGUAGUGUGUUCUUCAAUAUUAAAUGCUAUAAUAAUGGAAGUAACAAUGGAACAAUGAGCAAAAAUCACCCAUCUUUUGGCAAAGUUAGAGCUAUUACCAUCCUUGUCAUACAUGUUUAUAUUUUCAACUUUUUUGUAUAGUCUUUCCCAAGAUAUUUAUGCAGCACAUUUGGACAAUUUUUAAUAAAAAUACACUUACCUGUGAAAGAAGUGCAAUUGAAAUAGUUGAAAGGGAUAUUUUCCAAGAUAAUUUUAUUGACACUUUUUCAUCUUUCACUCGGAAAAAUUCACAGGAACGAAAACAGAUUCCUUACGGAGAUUUAUAAUGGGGAAUGUUUACACCUUUCUCCAUUCGGCAGGGUUUUAAACUAACUUGAAUUUUUUGCUAGCCAUGUGGACUACUAAACUUCGUCAUUUCAGGGGCCCACAUCAAAAUUUAGUUGCCCACACUUUUAAUUUAAAAAAGAUUAAAAAAGAGGGGUUUUUUAAUCUCAUUUAAUAACAUGCCAUUGUACACAUACAUGUAUAUUUAUUCAUAUGGAAUUUCAAUUUUUGUUAAAAUUUUCAAACACUUCAUUUUAUAAAAUUCAUAACUCAAGUCUCCUGAAUCAACCACAUGUCUUGUUGUUCCUUUACAUCUGUAUUGGAUACUCCAUCUCCCAUUACAGAUAAAAUCCUUUUCUUUUGGCUGGCUGAUACAACCAUUGCCAUAAAUCGUAAUAUUAUAACAAUGCCAAAAUCAGUUAGACGCUUUGAAUGUAAUGUUUCUUGAUACAGUAUGAAACGCUUGACUGAUGAUGACCUUCAGUAAAGAUCAUCAAGACGUUUAUGUUUCACAGUGAAGAUAGGUAAAGAUAAGCGUCUGAGUGAUCAACCUAGAUGAAAAUAAGAAACAUUCGGACAAAUUUGGAAAAAAGAAUGGGUUGGCAUCAGGAAUUGUUUAAUCGCCAUGUGGGCUCCUGGAAUUGCAUUUUCAAGUCGCCCACACGAAAACUUAGUCGCAAAUGGCGAGUGGGCGACUAUUAAUUUCAAACCCUGUUCGGAAUACACUCGGAAUACAUCGCGCAAUAUUUCAACGUUAUCAUCCGGGCUUGCUGCAAUACAAAAUCUCGAACAACAUGAAAAAUGUCUGAAGAAGGUCCUAAUAAGACAGCAGCCUUUAGAGAAAGAAACAGUGACAGUGGCAGUCACAGAACAUUUGUUGGGGAAACUAGCACCUGGUGGAUCUUGUAUCAUCAAUGAGAACGGGAGAGAAUUGGUGUGUUGUCAGUGUGGUUGCAAUGAAAGGCCAGUCUACAGUUAUACAGGGAUAGGUCAUCAAGAUGUCUGGCAUGGAUACACUGACAUUGUGUUCGAAUCACAUGAUGGUAUACCAGUUUGCAUUGCAACAACUCAAGUCUCUUCACUCUCAUCAUCCUGUGCUAUUUUAGAUCAAAGUUCACCAGCAAAAAGACCAAGAAUUGAAGAUGAUGAUGAAUUUGAGGAGGACAUCAUAUCUGAAGCAAGUAUUUUACCAGCAGAAAGAACUGAAGAUCAGGCUAUUGCCCAGAUCAUUGUGUUUUCAUUGCUCCAAAGACAAAAGCAUCCAGAAUAUCAACACCAUUUGGUCCCAAAUAUUGUGAUAUCUCCUACAGAUUUUCAAAUUUUCAUGUAUGAUGCAGUGAAUGAUAUUUUACUUGGUAGCUAUCCUCUUCUGUUAUUUGAUGUUGAGACAGAGUCCCUAAGAAUUGAGUCGGUUAUGAUUUUGUGGAUGGUGCUACACUAUCGAAUGUUUUGUGAAGGAAUAAAGGUUGAUGAACUAACAGAUGAUUUUAAAAAUUUUGAUAUGAAGUCUCACUUCAGAAAAAUAGUAGGAAGGAAAUGGGAUGUGUAUUCAACAGCAUUAAGUGAAAAUAUUAGCUAUUUCUCUCCAGCAAAGAAAAGAAGUUCUUUAACAUUUGACAGCAAUUGGUUUGCAAAGGAAUUGACCUACAAGAAUACCAGUAACUGAAGUAAAAGAGAGACAACUCCCUUUAUUUUUGCUUGUUGUCAUGCCUGGAUCCCUUUGUGUUGUUUAGUGUGAGAACUAGAUUAUUCUAAAUUGCCACAUGGCUAUCUUGAAUUCUUCACUCUUCAGGCAUGGUGUAGAAUGAAAUUCAAAAUUAAAAGAAAAAUGAAAAAUCUGAAGUUUAACGUUUUUAAUUUCUACAUUUACAUGUUCUGGGAAACAUCCAUUGGGAUGAAUUAGUAAUUCUUGUUUUGUUACAAGUUUUCCAUUCUGUUUGUAUGUGAAAGGAAUAUUGAAGAAGAGAUACAUUAUAUCAGAGUACUUUCAGGAUGUUAAAAUUGUUGUUGAGAAAAUAUAUUGGGACAGAUAUUCUAUGAAUUUUCUGUACCAAGAUGCUCAUGCAUGUUUGAAUGGAUUGUGCAUUUUUUUUAUCAUUUCAAACAUGUUCCUUUUGUUAUUGGUAAUGUUUUAUUGCAAUGAAAUUCAUUGAUGAUUUAUACAGGAAGUAUAUUUUGCUAAUGGUAUGACAACGUCUGCAGUAUUUUAAGGGGCUGACAUCAUAAAAUGAGUUUCAGACUGAAAUGUUUAUUUGCUAAUUUCUAUCCAUGCAAUCUUAAAAAAAUUGGAUAGUUUUAUUAUGGAUAGUCAUGUAUUAUCACACAAUUUCCAACGUUUACAUAAGUUUUUACUUUGUAGUUAAUACCGCUGCAUUUGAGAUAACUUCUCAUUUGUUGAAAGGACACGUUGAGAAAUUGCAUAAUGUUAUUAUAGAUAAAAUCACCAACAACGCUGUGCCUUUAACUGGAUUUUGAAAGGUUUGACAUACGCAAAAAUAAAUGUUAAUUUUUUUUUAUUUUAGGGCUGAUGAUUAAUUUGUUGACCGCCUAGCUUCCUCAUUGUAAAAUAAUUAAUUUUUUCUUAGAAAUCCUCAACUCGUUUACAUGUAAAUAAGAAAAGAAAGAAAAGGCAUCCCAUUCUGAGAAUGAAUUAAAGGGACCAAAUGUUACGCAGUGUGUCUGAUUCUUGUAAAAGAGGAAAUUGAUAAAUACCAGGAACUUUUUAGUGAACCAAAAUAAACUGCAACUAAUGAGAAUGAGUCACCCAUGCAAAGUCUUCAUUAAUUUCCUGAACAAUCGUGUCGAAAGGAAAUGCAUCUUUCUGUUGAUUGCUUUAUAUUUAAUUUGUUGUUUCAAACAUGGGUUUUAGACGAUGUUGUCUGUUAUUUGAAAAAUAACGAAAAUGAAUGAUAAUGAAAAUUUUAUAAAAUAAGAGCAUUAAUGGCCACUUUAUAACUUGAUUGGAAAACUAGAUAAACAUUAUAGACAAGGAAGAUAUUAAUAUGUACAAUUAAAUACAUUUGCCAGUUAUAUGCAUUAAAUUAAAGA